AUGAAUCCGCCCCCAGCAGCCACGUCCACCGGCGGAGGAGGCCACGCCGCGGCAGCCCCGGAGUACGCGUCGUACCCGAGGCUCUCGCCGGAGGAGGUGGCCCCGCCUCCGCCCCCGCCUUAUCACGCCGCCACCGCCGCGCCGUCCGCCUACGGAGGCAACCCCUACAUCUCCUCCCCCGCCGACGGCGCCGCCACCGCUCCGAAGAAUACGAUGGACUCCGUGAAGGACGUGCUCGGCAAGAUGGGGAAGAGGUUCGGCGAGGCGGCCCGCAAGACCGAGACCAUCACCGGCAACUUCUGGCAGCACUUGAAAACUGGACCAAGCAUUACUGAUGCAGCAAUGAGCAGGAUCUCCCAGGUCACUAAAGUCAUUGCAGAAGGUGGAUAUGAUAAAAUUUUCCAUCAAACUUUUGAGGUCGCCCCUGGUGAAAAGCUCAAGAAGCCAUAUGCAUGUUAUUUGUCAACCUCGGCUGGUCCUGUUAUGGGCGUGCUUUACCUGUCCAAUGUAAAACUGGCAUUCUGUAGUGAUAAUCCGCUUGCAUACCAGGUUGGAGACAAAACUGAGUGGAGCUACUACAAGGUGGUCAUCCCCCUUGCUCAACUGCGAUCAGUUAAUUCAUCAACAAGCAGAACAAACGCAGCAGAGAAAUACAUUCAGGUGGUUUCUGUUGAUAACCAUGAGUUUUGGUUUAUGGGCUUCGUGUACUAUGACAGUGCGGUAAAGAAUCUGCAGGAAGCACUUCAGGAGGCUCAGAAUUUACGUGCUUAG